AUGACCACAUAUAGCCUUCAGCAUAUCCUCCACAUCACCUGCAUAAUAGACUUAAAGCAGAGGAGCGUGGAAGAGAAGGAGACAGCUCCUGCAUUUGUUGAUUUGUUUGUUUGUGUUGCUGCUGAUGAAGAUGGUAAAAGCAGAACAACAAGGAAACAAAAGCAAACCUCACAUUUACCCAAAUCUGCCCGCAGCUGUCCAACACUGCAUUCAAUGCUCUCUCUCUCUCUCUCUCUCUUUUCCUAGCUCCCACACGCGCGCGCCUGCUCACAAGCGCACGCGUCCCCCACACGGGCGCGCACUCGCGAACCUGCUCGCUGAUGCACCGCACAGGAACCCCUGACAGUGCCCGAGCAUCCGCCUGCGAUCGCUGCCUGGCGUCUCCUCCGCUCCGCUGGAUGUUUGCGCAGAGGACACCUGCCACCUCCGGUCACUGCACCGAUCUCUGCGUCGGCGGCACCAUCCAACCCGUCUCCUCCUCUUAA